GCAGCCAGUGGGUGUUGCAAAAGGAGGAGGGAAGGAGAGCAAGACUGUGAGCUUUGGAAGGAGGGAGGGAGGACGAGGAAAAGGCAGGGAAGCAGAGCCGGCAUUUCAGAGACGGAGACACGAAAAGAUAACAGGAUAUACGCGUAGAAAGCAGCCCCCCCUCGAUAAGCAGUUUUAGCAGAGGAGUCAGCCUGUGAGUCUGUGUGUGCGUCCGGGGGUGAUACAGCUCUGUGUGCCUCCACGGUACUCCUGAGGCCGUGGCAGCCAUGGCGUCAGAGCCCAGCACCCAGUCCAGGGUGAUGUUCCAGGCGGCGGACAAAACAGAAGAGCCAGCACACCGUAAGCUGGGCAAACUGACAGUGAAAUAUAACCGCAAGGACCUGCAGAGGAGGCUGGACAUUGAGGAGUGGAUUGACGGGCAGCUGCACUUGCUGUUUGACUGUGAGGAGGAGGAGAUCCCAGAAUUAGAAAUUGAUAUUGAUGAGCUCCUGGAGCUAUCAGACGAGGGGCAAAGAAGUCGGCUGCAGGAGCUCCUGCAAGAAUGUGGAAAGCCAAAAGAGGACUUUAUCAACGGACUACUGUACAGGAUAAAAGGUCUACGCAAAAUGUCAGGUCCCUUGAAGAAAUAACCGUAGGUCAAAACAAGGAUUCAAGACAACAGGAUUCUGUGUCUCUUUCCAUCUGCCAUAUGUUAACCAUCUGGAUGCCUGUAUGUGCAGUUCGUGUCUCAAAUGGACUCUUUCCGACUUCCCCGCUUCUAUACAAGUCUAAAACUAGAGAUUUAUUUUGUCUUGUUUGUUUUUUAUGGAUUCAGUUCCCCCUUAAAGACUCCUCUAUUUUGUCUGCCUUUUAACAAACAUGUGUGAGGGGCUGGCAGAACAUUUCCUCAAAGGGUUCCUUUACUUGUGGCAAACUGUUCAUUCCCAGUUAUUUAUGUACAUAAGUAUUUUUGUUCAGGUAACAGUGUUGUUGGAAUAAAACUGAACAUUUUCAAAACCAG